AAGACUCUUUGCUCCGUGCGUGCCGCUACGACGGCUCUUCAUCAUCCUCAAGACCAGCAUCCUCUUAACCUACACUGGCUCACGGGAUUUGGACCACCGCAGGUUUAAUUUGGUAACAUGCAGAGUUUCUGACAUGCUUCGGUUUACUGGUAAGAUGGAGACUCCAGAUCGGAUCCUGGUUCCAGGACUCAUAAAACCAUUGGGCAACAACUCCAUUCUAUCAAGCAAUUUGGGCUUUACAGUGUCCCCUCCACUGAAUGAUACCUUCCUCCUUAAUGGGUCUCUGCAGAACUGGACGGAGAUCUACAACACAGGUUUCAUGCCAAGUGUUGCUGGAAUCCUCAUUCCUCUCAUCUAUAUAAUAGUCUGCGUGGUUGGUUUAGGAGGAAACACCCUGGUCAUUCACAUUGUCUUGCGCUACUCUCAAACCCAGUCUGUCACAAAUAUCUACAUCCUGAACCUUGCUAUAGCUGACGAGCUUUUCAUGCUUGGCCUUCCCUUUCUGGCUGUCCAGAAUGCCCUUCUGUCGUGGCCAUUUGGGUCACUGAUGUGCCGUCUGGUUAUGACCGUGGAUGCCAUCAACCAGUUUACCAGCAUCUUCUGCCUGACCGUAAUGAGUAUCGACCGCUACUUGGCAGUGGUGCAUCCUCUCCGGUCUUCCAGGUGGCGGCAACCUCAAGUGGCCAAAGCAGUCAAUGCUACAGUAUGGGCUGUUUCCUUUGUAAUCGUCCUUCCGGUUGUGGUUUACGCUGACGUGUUACAGGAUGAUGGGAACUGUAGCAUAGUAUGGCCCGAACCUGCAGAAGUCUGGAAAGCUGCAUUUAUUGUGUACACAGCAACUGUCGGAUUCUUUGGUCCUCUGCUAGUCAUCUGCAUGUGCUACCUGCUAAUUGUCAUCAAGGUCCGCAGCUCCGGACGCAGGGUCCGAGCCACCUCCAUUCGGCGGCGUAAAUCAGAGCGGAAGAUCACGCGGAUGGUGGUAAUUGUGGUAGCUGUGUUCGUCUUCUGUUGGCUCCCGUUCUACAUAUUAAACAUUGUCAACUUGCUCGUGCUGCUUCCAGGAGAGUUCCGUGGCCUGUAUUAUUUCGUGGUGGUCCUUUCCUAUGCCAACAGCUGUGCCAACCCCAUUCUGUACGGAUUCCUCUCUGACAACUUCAAGAGAGGCUUCCGGAAAGCUUUGUGCCGCUCGACCAGGCGAGUUGAAAACCAAGAUCUACAACAGGGUACUGUCGGUAACCACACUUUACCCCUGGAGGAACUGAAAAAAGACCUCGAGCUGACAGACUGCCUGAAAGAAUCCUGCAAUCAAAUCCAGCAAAGCAGUGAGGAAGAAGAGGAGGAUGUUCAGGACGUCGAAAUGGGUUACAUAGAAAAUGCCACCAAGAUGACAGAAAUCUGCAGGUCUGUAAAAAAUGGCUGCAGGAAUAGGCACAAAGAGGGCACUAGGACCAUGCUUGAAUCCAAGGAAGAAGGUACAAGCAAUGGGAACAAAACUGGCAAAAAUGGGGACUAUAUUAGUCCAACCAUUGAACAUGUUAGUUUCACCGGCACUCAGAGAAGAAGCAUCAAACCAGUGGCAGAGGAAUCAGCAGAGACUGUUCUGGAAAUCAGUUAUUUGUAAAACUGCGCAAAUAAAAACUGUGGAUAUAAAAACAAAAGCGUUUUAAUAUCCAGCAGAAUUGAAAAAGAUAAAUGAUGCCAAAAUGUGGGGUUUUAGAUUUCAUUAUCAGCAGUGUCAUAUGUCUUUAAACAUCGAAAGAAAGAAAGAAAGAAAGAAAGAAAGAAAGAAAGAAAGAAAGAAAGAAAGAAAGAAAGAAAGAAAGAAAAGAAGAAAAGAAGAAAAGAAAAAAAUUUAUCCAGGUAUUUCUAUCACUCGAACAAAAAGGUUUGCUACCCCUGUUCUGGCCAAUUCUACUGAAUGCAGUCUUAUUGUCUUACCUCAGCAGGAGUUCCCUUUAAAAGCGGGAGUUCUUUUCUGCUCUAGAACAAUGUACGAGGGGCGUUCAUGUCAAGCGUAUUACUGUAGUAUUACUGAUAGACGGCGCACAUGUAGCGGGUCAGUCCAGAGACCGUUAAUCAAGAGGGCAGACAACAGUGUUAGUGCCAAGGAACGGCGUGUGGUCAUGAAUUUUCUUGUGAACGAAGGCGCAGAACCCGCAAAUAUCUACAGAAGACUUGAAGCACAGUACGGUGAUGAGACUCUCAGCCGUAAGACAUUUGAAUGGCUUCCUUCAUAUACUGAUAAAUCUUUCUAUGCCAAUUCUUUCCAGGAAUUAGCUAAACCCUGGGAUAAGUGUAUAAAUGUAGCAGUAUGUUGGGAGUAUGUCAAAAAAUAAAUCCACUCCUUGAAAUUUGUUCUUUUAUGUAAUAAACACCAAAGUCCCAGUAUGACUCGAACGCCCCUUGUAUAUACUGUAUAUGCUUAUACAUCUGGCUCUCUUACCCUUUAAGCAGCGUAUAGAGAUGAGAAUUUUAC